AUGACCCGCUGGGUGCCAACCAAGAAGGAAAAGUAUGGAGUUGCAAUCUAUAACUACGAUGCCCGGGGAGAGGAAGAGCUGUCACUGCAGAUUGGAGACACGGUGCACAUACUUGAGACGUAUGAAGACUGGUACAGAGGUCAUAGGCUGAGGAGAAGAUCCAAAAAGGGCAUAUUUCCUGCUUGUUAUAUACACCUGAAGGAAGCCACAGUUGAAGGCAUUGGGCAAAAGGAGACGGUCAUUCCCACCGAGCUGCCCCUGGUUCAGGAGGUCACCACAACUCUGCGGGAGUGGGCGACAAUAUGGAGGGACUUGUAUGUGGGGGACAAGCGCGAGAUGUUCAAUUCCGUCCGGGACAUGAUCUACGACCUCAUCGAAUGGCGGUCGCAGAUCCUCUCGGGCACUCUCCCGCAGGAUGAGCUCACCGAGCUCAAACAGAAGGUCACCUCCAAGAUAGACUACGGCAACAAGUGA